UGCCAACCACCGGCUGGACAGUGAUCUCUCCACUUUCCUGUGGUUUGUGUCGCCCUUCUUUGUCAGAAGUAUGGAACCGUUUGCAUCCCACGUCUGUGUGUUUCUUCUGGAGGAUCAAAUCAAUCGCUGUGGCUCGUUUUGAACUGGAAUCCUUUGUGGCUUUACUUCGUUAAACCUGUGUUAAAAGCAUCAUGUCUAUCCUGAGGAUCCAUGCCCGUGAAAUUCUGGAUUCACGUGGGAACCCCACUGUGGAAGUAGACUUGUACACUGGUAAAGGGCUCUUCAGAGCGGCCGUUCCUAGUGGUGCCUCCACAGGCAUUUACGAAGCUUUGGAACUUCGUGAUGGUGACAAGACCCGUUACUUGGGCAAAGGUGUGUUAAAAGCUGUUGACCACAUCAAUACAACGAUAGCACCUGGCCUGUUAAAGAAGAAUGUAAAUGUCGUCGAACAGCAGAAGAUUGACAACCUGAUGUUGUGUAUGGAUGCAACUCCAAACAAAUCUAAGUACGGCGCCAAUGCGAUUCUUGGCGUUUCCCUGGCUGUUUGUAAGGCUGGUGCUGCAGAGAAAGGGGUCCCUCUCUAUCGUCAUAUUGCUGAUCUGGCUGAGAAUCAAGAACUCAUCUUGCCAGUCCCCGCCUUCAACGUGAUUAACGGUGGCUCUCACGCUGGGAACAAGUUAGCUAUGCAGGAGUUCAUGAUCCUGCCUGUUGGUGCUGCCAACUUCAAGGAUGCCCUCCGCAUUGGUGCUGAGGUGUACCACAACCUGAAAGCUGUCAUCAAGGAUAAAUACGGGCAGGAUGCCAUCAAUGUCGGUGACGAAGGGGGAUUUGCACCCAAUAUUUUGGAGAACCACGAAGCUUUGGAUUUAUUGAAGAACGCCAUCAGCAAGGCUGGCUACACCGACAAGGUUGUCAUCGGUAUGGAUAUAGCCGCUUCCGAGUUCUUCCGCAGUGGGAAAUACGAUCUGGAUUUCAAGUCCCCGGACGAUCCCAGCCGCUACAUCAAUGCCCAUGAGCUGGGUGAACUCUACAUGGGUUUUAUUCAGGAUUGCCCUGUGGUCUCCAUUGAGGAUCCUUUUGACCAGGAUGACUGGCCAGCCUGGGCAGCAUUCACAGCUCAAGCGGGAAUCCAGGUGGUUGGAGAUGAUUUGACCGUGACCAACCCCAAGCGCAUUGCUCAAGCCAUAGAGAAGAAGGCCUGCAACUGCCUGUUGCUGAAAGUGAACCAGAUUGGCAGCGUUACCGAGUCGCUUCAGGCCUGCAAAUUGGCCCAGAGCAAUGGAUGGGGUGUGAUGGUCAGCCACAGGUCUGGAGAAACUGAAGAUACCUUCAUCGCUGACCUCGUUGUUGGCCUUUGCACUGGUCAGAUUAAGACUGGAGCUCCAUGUAGAUCAGAACGUCUGGCUAAAUACAACCAGCUCCUGAGGAUUGAAGAGGAACUUGGGGACAAGGCUAAAUUUGCGGGGAGAAACUUCCGGAACCCACGUGCCAAGUAAACUACACAAAAAAAAAAAAGUUUUUUCUUCUUCUCUCAACAAACCCAUUCUUUAGAGAACUUCACCUUAAAUUGGUCAGGACGCUUGGCUUUUCCCUCCCUCGAGUACAGGGAAAAUUAGAUUUCACCAUUGGCGUCUUUGUACGGUGAUGUUUGAAUUUGCGGUUCUUGUUGAGAUGCAAAUGUGUAGCUCCAAGCCUGUGAUGCAUGCUGUCGAUUUCCGGGAAAAUAAAAGGAACACUGAAACAAGC